AAUUGCAGAUUACAGAAAUUGAAUAAACUGCGUGUAAAACUGUAAAUGGAGUAUACCAAAAAGGAAAAAUACUAAACUGUGUCGCUUUUUUCAAUAAGUAAUUUAUAUACUUAUUCCAAAUUUGUUUUACUUAUUAAAAUUUUUUUGGACAAUAAUAUAACUUGGUGACAAUUCGUAUAAUAAGGGUGUUUAAAAACAAAUUACCAUGGCUCGUUUGUUACUGUUGCUAUUUUGUAGUUUUAUAUUUGAAAAAGCUGUUUCUGCUCUGAAACUGUCGAUAAUAAGCGAUGGUCCAGCAGUGCGUGGGUCUAAUCUUACAUUUACAGCCACUGUCGCUGGCUAUCAUGGCGAGAAUCUUAAAUAUGUGUAUUGGGAUGAUGCACAGCCCCAGCAUACAGCGGAGUUUAUUUUAUCAUCAAACACAUCACAAUGGAUAGUUGAGUAUCCAAGGUCAAUGUAUGAAGCUGGUGAUUAUACUGUCAAAGUUAAUUUAAUGAAAAGUUUCUAUGGAAUAUGGUAUCUAGUUACAACUUCAAGUACCAACUUUCAACUCACUGAUUCACUUAAUGGCAAUUUGAUUCUUAAUCAGAACAAUUUCGACAGACCCAAUAAGUUUGUAGCUGUCAAUAAGACUGUGCAUCAUUAUAUACAGCUGCCAGAGAAUGAGCUUGAGUUUCUUAAAAGAAAUGCCUCUACAGUUGUAACAUACUGGUUCAUAGAUUGCUUGUAUAUUGAUCAGACAACAGAUUUUUCUCUGAACUACACAUACCAAGAUGUGAUGGCAGAUCAUUAUAUAGAUGCUUUGGUUGUCGCCAACAAUGAGCCGCUGCCACCAAUUACCACUACUACUACAACCACCACAACAACUACUACCUCUACCACAACAACUACAACCACAACCACAACCACAACCACAACCACAACAACUCCAAAGCCACUUACAUCAAGUACAAUUCCUUCAACUACACCUGGCAAUUUUAGCAAUGAUACACAUAAAAUCACAAAGAGGUCUCUAUCAAACAAGGCAAAGAUAAGCCCCAUCAAAGAUUUUAUUUGCCAUAACACAAGUAUAGUCCCUAUUGGCGAGACUUACACAUAUGGACAUUAUCAGGAAACAAUCAGUGUAAGAGAGCAGAUAUCAACACUUAAUAUAACUGGAAUGAAUUGGCUCCAACAUGGUGAUCUGUUGAACUUACAAGUGAAAUACACUGGGACACCGCCCUUCGACUACUGUGCUAUGUACAAAAUGGGUCAAUAUAAUGUAACAGGAAAUGAGACAUGUGCUGUCAAAACGAGGACCUUAUCGAAUUUGUUCCCACUAGUUCAUUAUUUCUCAGACAGUAACCAACAUACAGUGGUUGUUGUUGUUGAAAAUGAAAUAGGCAAGGCUGUGUCUAGAGCAACCAUCAAUAUUUAUAAAGCGUCAGUCCACGCCCAGUUAUCUGUAAUAGUGGUGCCGGUGGUGUUCUGUCUGCUGGCUGUUAUAUUAGUGGUGUUUGGUAUCGCGUUUUACCAACAUCGCUCCAGAUAUACAGUGGAGGUGGCUGAUUUUGAUUUCGGACAACAAGUUAACUUUGACUAUAAAACCUUCACUGAACGACUCAGGGACAGUUUCAGAAAUGCUUUAAACUUCAGACAGCGAGAUGACACCGAGCCACUUACAUCCGACACAAGAUAUGAUUCCAUGCCAUAAGUAGAAGCUUUCAUAUAAAAAGUAUAGCGCAUUCAAAUGUUAAGGAUCAUAAAGUGCUUAAUAUUAAAUGAAGCAUCUUGGCUCAAUAAAGUACAGUGAUUGCUUACUUAUUAUACAAAUAUAUUUUAAUGUACCAAAUUUUUUGUAUUUCAUUAUAUAAACUUGUUCAUUAAUGCAUAAAUUUAUAUUUUCUGUAAAUAAUUAGUCAUAGAUCAAUUUGUGUGUAAUAUAAAUUAAUUAAUAUCAUUCCAGUUUAUUUAUUAAUAUAUAUAUAUAUUAUGUAGCGGUUGAAAAAUUAACUUCCCUUUGUAAUGUCGGUUGAUUGUAGUUCCUAAAGUUUAGCACAAGGUAUGUUAGUUUAGACAACAAUGUUCAGUUUUAUGACAAUUAUAUGUAUAUUGAAAACAACAUGAUUCAUUUAAUUAUAAUUAUAUAUUUUGUAUAAUAAAUUCGACUAAAACGAUGGCCAUAUAGUUAGAGGUCCAGCAUUAAUUUUAGCAUAGUGAUCUCUGUUGUAUAUUAUGAAAAGUAUUAUUUAUAUAUUGUAGGUGUUAUCAAAUAAGAAUUACUUAUAGACUGAAGAAUGCUGUUUAUAUAUAAUACAAUAUGAUAAUUUUUCUAUAUAUAAAGCUCGUUUAAUUUUAUAUAUUAAUUUAAGAUUGACUUUAUCGGGUAACUGUUUGUCCGUAAUGUUAUCCAGCAACAAUCAUAAAGGUACUUUAAUGUGUUUAUGUUAUUAUUUUUUUGUCAUCACCUGUUAUUUGUUUGUUGGAAAACAUUUUUAUCAUCUAAAAUUAAUUAGUACCUAGUUUUGUAAUGUAUUGGAAGAUCUAAACUUGUUUUGCCUGUGCUUUGAUAUUGAAUCAGUCGUAUUUUGUGAUAUAAUAAAUAAAAAUAAUUAAUUAGUCAUACAAACUAGCACUAACAGUUUUUGUAUAUUAGAAGCGGAGUGUCAAGUGGGUAAUGUAUAAAAUAUGCAAUUUAAAACAUGUUUAUAUGAUUUGAAAUAUUUUUAAUGUAAUUUAAUAUUAAUAUAAAGAUGAGAGUGUUUCCAAACAUAUUUUCUUUUUGUGUGUGUCUUAAGUGUAACCUUUGAUUUGUGUAUUAAUGUUAUUUACUCGUUUGGGCAUAUGUUAUCUGAAUCCCCUUUGCUCUUCAUAUCUACACACUCUAUGCCUCUAAUGUACGAAAUGUAUAUUGAUUAAUUUCUAGUUGUAAUAAAGUGUUAUAUGGAAA